CCGCUGACGUGUCUGUGAAUAUCGAAGCUGGAGACAGGCGGUGCUGGCUAUUUUGAGCGAUUUUAAUUUGUUUUCCUUAUAGAAUAUAAGCAAAGUUGUUGAACGAAAACACAAUAUAGGAAAAUGUUGAAACUAGGACUGACGCUCUUCUGCGUACUAUGCGCCUGUGCGCCAACGUGGAGUACACGCACCGUGGACAGCCAUCUGGGUCCAAAGGAUCUCACCCGCCUGCAAAAAGUCUUUGUGGAUGGAUUCGGUUCCAGUGAUCUGCAAGCCAUAUUUUUCUCCAGCCUCAACAUUCAGUUGACCGAUGCCACCCAGAAGGAACCGCUGUGCAAGAAGAUAGCGGCCCUGCAUGAGGAAUCCAAACUGAACAGCUUCGAAAAGGACUACUAUUUCAUUGGUGCUAGCAAGAACCUCGGCUGCUCUGCGAAACUAAACGAAGCCCUGCUCUCGAAGGUCUACAGCUCAUUGGACUCCGAGCUGGCCAGCACUCAAGAAAUUUACUAUCGCUUAGUCACACACAAGGCCCUCGGAGUGCAGGUCAGUGAGGCGACUCAGGCCAAGAUUGUAAAGCGCCUCCAGGAGCUGCUUAAGAAGGACGAUACACUCACUGGUCUGGGCUACGGCUUCAAUGUGGCUGUUCAGCUGGGCAGCGGUGCCGCCUUCAUUGCGAAUCGCGUUGAAGACGCUAUCGUCCAGGCUGAUGAGGUGGACGGAAAACUUCUUCAGUUCGAGGGAGGAUUGAGCAUCACGUCUUUGAUCAUUAACGGAGCCUUUGGCGUUGCCAAGGCCUACAACAAGCCAGCACCAGUCAGUGCCGCCCAGGCUGUUAAGUUUGCCAACUAUUUCCUGAGUCGCCGCUCGGUGCAGUCCGCUAAGGGAGCCCACGUAUUGAUUGAGGCAUUGAAGUCCAUUGGUGCUGACGAAAAGAUUGCUCCCAUCUGUGUGCAGCUGAUCGGAAACGGCCAGUUGGACGCCCAGUCACCCACGCUGAAUAUUGCUGUUGUCGAUUUACUUGGCAAGCCACUGUCCCCUGCCCCGAAGAUCAUCACUGCCAAGGUGUUCCACAAGAAGGAUAACUCUGUGCUGGCUGAGAAAAUCUCAGUAACUUCCAAGUCCUCAGACAAGACCACCUAUGUGGCCGAUUUGGCGAGCUUGAAGCCAGUCCGUGGCAUCUAUCAGGCCGAACUGAGUGCGGAUGGCGUGUACACGCAGACAGUACAAUUCAAAGUACUCGGACGCGUCAAGGUCCAGUCUCUCGAUGUUGGCAUUGCCGAAUCGGAUGCCAGUGCUGCUACGCGCAAGCAAAGCGUGACGUAUCCCAGCAAGCUGAAGGAGACCCUGACGGCGGAUACUACCCAGAAGCUGCUGCUGAGGGCCGUGUUGGUGGAGGAGUCUAACAACAAGCCACUCGCCGUCCACCAAGCCUUUGUGCGUCUCUACAACAAGCAAACGGACAAGGAGAUUAUCUUUGUGGCGGAGCAGGAUAGCAGCAAGGCCUACAAAUUCGACAUGGACAUUGGCAGCAAUGGCAAAAACUUCAACUACCAGAGUGGCACAUACAGCAUAUAUCUGACUGUGGGCGAUGCUUCGCUUUCCAACUCCUUCGAGUGGCUGGUGGCUGAGAUCCAACUGAAAUUCAACGAGGAUAGAGAAGUCAAGUCGAAAAUCCCUUCGGGACCCCGGCCAGAGAUAGUUCAUCAAUUCCGUGUGCCUGACAAGCGGCCGCCACGUAUUGUGUCGGACAUAUUCACUGGACUCUGCAUUACCCCUUUGGUGCUGCUGUUCAUCUUCUGGGGCAAGUUGGGCGUUAAUGUCUCCAACUUUACUCUGGCACCGAGCACAAUCGGCUUUCACGUGGGCUUUGGCGGCAUUCUGCUUCUGUUCUUUGUCUUCUGGCUGCAACUGAACAUGUUCCAGACCCUGCGCCUGCUGAUACCCAUCGCAAUAUUCACAUUCCUUACUGGCAACCGUUUGCUGAGGCGUCUAUAUGCACUGCGCAACUCAAAGAACCCGUCAAGUGCGUCGUCAUAAACUCAAAUGGAACCAGACAUUGUCCGUUCAUAAUUGAAUGAAGUAAAUAAAUGGGGCACCCUCUAUCCACCAUCUAUCUAUCCACUUUCAACUCUGUCAGUAUAGUAACUUCUAAUAAAACGAUUAAGUUAAGCUAUACGA